UCCUAACCUAACCUAACGACCUAUCAACCUAUGGGAAUUGGCAGCAACGUGAACUGUUGGCCAUGCGGCAGGUCUUCAUCUGCCACGAAACGACAUUUAAAGCAUUGGACAAGAAGAUCGCUACCAUGCAGGCCGAGAUUAGCACACCACACGCCGCCAACAGCCAGCAGGAGACACUCAAUGACCAGCUGCAGACGGAUGUCAGCAUGGGGUUGGCACAACUGUCAGCAGCUGCGUCAACGGGCAGCGCAGUGGCACACUGCAGCCCAGCUUUGGCCGCGCAGGCCAAGCAACUCGAGGAGCGGAUCAACCACGCGGUCGCGUCCCUCGGCGACAUCAGCAAGUUUGCUGGAGCGUCGACAGUCAGCAAGUUUGCUGGAGCGUCGACAGUCAGCAAUCAACUGCAGAUGCUCAGCAACCGCAUUCAGCAACGACCGGCCGUUGUUGCCAAGGAAUGGAAGAUGCCGAACUUCAAGAUCGAGAAGUUCGACGACUAUCACAAGACCGAUCCGCUGCAAUGGUGGAUGGCAUUCAACGCAGAGGCGGACGUGCAUCACACUCCAGCACUGCGGCGGCUUGACGCACCCUACCUCCAACUCAUUGGAGGGGCACAGGCCUUCAUGACGCACAUGGCAGUCACAUUGGAAUGUACCAUCGCCACCCUCCACACCAAGAUCACGUGGGAGGAAUUCGAGAAGAAGUGGAAGACCCGGUUCAUGAUCAACAACGACAAGCGUCACGCCUUGAACGAGAUCUUUCGCAUGUUCCAAGGCCAGCAACCUUCACGAGAGUGGCUGAUGGAGUGGCAGAAACUCGUCGCCACCCCGGAGUUGAGCUUACCAUUCGACACAAUCCGGGCCAAAUUUUUCACUCGGUCAUGCGACGCCUAGACAGCUGCGCUGGGCACGGAAUUCCAGUAUGAGACCUUUGAUGACAUGAUCUCAAAGGCAAGAGAACU